AUGUACCAACGAGACCUUUAUACAGAGCCGUCAUUACAGUUGCUCUUUGAAUUUAUCCGGGAGAAUCCUCUUGGACUUAUUACAACCGCGAUUCCCUCGUCUUGCUACCCUUUGCUGCAAUCUAGUCAUAUACCAUGGGCUCUGAAUGUUCACUCUCAUGACGUCGAGGCUCCUGUGAAAGGCACGUUGCGAGGGCAUAUGGCAAGGCAAAAUCCUCAAUCGAAGGCUAUGUUGGAAGAAGUCACCAAUGCGCCAAAUGGGAAACUGCAACACGAUGUAAUGGUUAUGUUCACAGGGGCAGAUCAUCAUUAUGUGACUCCCAAGUUCUACACUGAAACCAAACCCCAAAGCGCCAAGGUAGUGCCCACAUGGAACUACACAGCCGUUCAGAUAUAUGGCAAAGCGACCAUUUACCAUGAUUCAUCCUUGCCAGAGACCUGGAGCUACCUUUCCAAUCAGCUUCACGAUUUAUCACAGCACUGUGAAACGUCCAUCAUGGGCUACACGGGGAAUCGUGAGAGUCUGCCACCGUGGAGUGUAUUUGAUGCCCCAAAGAGUUUCAUUGAAGGGAAAAAACGGUCUAUCAUUGGGAUCGAGAUCACAAUCGAGACAAUUCAAGGCAAGUUCAAGAUGAGCCAAGAUAAAGGUCAUGGCGACCGUCAGGGUGUCAUUGCAGGUUUCAGAAAUCUUGGAUCGGAUAUUGGGACAAACAUGGCUGACAUGAUUAAAGAGCGAGGAGACGCUCAGGAUGCUAAGAAACGAAAGAAGUCUCUCAGAUUGGAUUGUGAUAGACAGGUUGAAAAAUGA